UUGGAUGGAUAAGAAUGAAAAAAAUCAAAGCUUUAUCAAAAAGGAAAAAAAAUAAAAUACAAUUUGAAGCCAUCCUCCAACAAACCCAUAAUGAACUCUACCAUUCAUCAUCUUCAUCUUCAUCUUCAUCUUCUUCAUCAUCAUCAUAUUUCAGCUGAAACUUGUUCUUUCUUAUAUGAAAGUCUUUUCCUGACCCCAAAGGCUGAGCAAAGAGGAGGGAAGGGAUUCUUUCAGAGUAUGUAUUAUCAGCUCGAGAAAUUCUCUCAUCAGGAUUCUCUGGAAGUCUUGGAAGCGGAUAUUCAGUAUGCUAAUUCUUUGGCUGCUGCAAUCCCCAUGGCAAAAGGGGGUGUCUACCUUCAAAUGAAGUUGGUUUAUAAUCACUUGGCUCCCAUUGUUCUGUUUUUGCUACAAUGGAUGGAUUGUUCUUGCACUUGCUUGCUUCCAAGAUAUUUGAACCUCUUCCACAUACUUGUGUACAAGGUAUAUCCGGAGGGGAAACAAAAACAAAAUAUAUCAAGGCAUGGAAGGAAGGCAACUAUUAGGGAUUUCUAUGCUAUAAUAUUGCCUUCGCUUCAGCGAAUCCAUGGUAGCUUGGAUAAGUUGGACGAUUGCAAGGAAGGGCAUCACUGGAUUGAGAUGUCUAGCAAGAAGAGAGGUGAUAAAGAUGGUAGACUCAAGAACAUCGAUAUGAAGCGAGAAGACGAGUGUGGUAUUUGCUUGGAGCCCUGUACAAAGAUGGUUUUGCCGAAUUGCUGUCAUUCAAUGUGCAUCAAAUGCUAUCGUAAUUGGAACACAAGGUCAGAAUCAUGUCCAUUUUGUCGUGGCAGCUUGAAGAGGGUCAACUCAGAGGACUUAUGGGUGCUCACGUGCAGCGAUGAUGUGGUUGAUACUGAAACCGUCUCCAAGGAGGACAUGUUGCAGUUUCAUCGCUACAUAAACAGCCUUCCAAAAGACUAUCCAGAUGCCCUCUUCAUAGUAUAUUCCGAAUAUCUAAUUUAGUUCAGGCUUCAGAGUAAACUGUAUAGAGGGAAAAUCCCGACGCAAAUUGUAAAGGUCAGAACAUAUCCUCUCUGCUUCAUAUAGAAUCAUUGAUCACAUGACAUGCUUAGCUAGAACCAAUAAUGAAUCAAUGUAAGAUGCCAAUCAUCUCCGCAUCUCGGCUCGUGUAUCUUAUAAACUUGAAAGUGCCUUUUUCUAAUGCACUGAUUGUCAAUAAAGAUGAAUUUGGUCUCUGGUGGUUUAUAUCA